CAAAACGAAACAAGCACAUUGAUUUCCAAUGACAUCAUCACCUGUAUUUCAACAGUUACUUGCUAUCUGUCGGAUAAUAUAUAUGGACUUCUGAUAGACAAAAAGACAAUUUAGGAUACACAACGAUGGAUGGAAGACGUUCCGGUGGUAACAGAGGGAGAGGAAAUCAGAGGCGAGGUGGUGGCGGGCGCAGAAAUUACAGAGAUCAGAGACCGAGAGACACAAAGGAUCAACCUCCUCAGGGGGAGUCGAGAGACACACCAACACCAACACCCAAACAUGUCAAAAACAAGGAACAGCCGUCAGAAAUGCUGCACAAGAAAAGUGAAAGAUUACUAACUGAACCAGGGCCGACAUACAAUCUCAUUGUUUACCACCCAUUCAAAGAAGAAAAAACUUUCUUGGAACACUUAAAAAAGAGAGAGUUGCCAUCAGGUAUCGAAUUUAACAUUGAAUUUUUCACAACAAAUCCUAAUGGAUUAUCUGCUUCCAUCUGGAUUCAUUUCCCAAGCAACAAUGCCUAUAAACAGUUUCAGCUGUGGAUGCGACAAACUAGAAGUCUAGGUUUUUGCUGCCGUUUUUUAAGAGAGGAAGUUGCAAAAGUGAGUAAAGAAUUUAUUGAUAAAAAUCUACAGAAUGUUGAGGAACGUAGUAUCCAUAUAAUGGGAAUGCAUCAAGAAAAAAUUACGAAAACCAAACAAGAAUUAUCAGAUUUUCUUGGAACAAAGAAAACCAAGAAAAAGACAAAUUAUAUUCCCGUUCCUGAAUUCCAAAUGCAGACAAAGAGAGAAAUGCAGACAAAAACACUUGAAAGUAAAAUUUUGGAACUUAAAAAUCAACUUUUCGAGUUUGAAAGUUCUGUAGAAGAUAUCAAAAGACGAUUAAAUGAGUUUGAAGGAAUUUCUGUAAGACAAGACUACAUAGAUCAACUGCUCAGGGAAUUUGACAUAGAGUUUUCAAGGCUAGAGCAAGCACUGCCUAUUUAUGCUAAGCGCUCAGAGAUAGUCAAUUCUGUUUUACAAAAUCAAGUAUGCAUCCUUCUUGGCGAAACAGGAUCUGGGAAAAGCACACAAUUAACACAAUAUCUUUUGCAGUCUAAACUGCCUUCCAAUGGCCGUAUUGUUUGCACACAGCCUAGAAAAGUUGCAGCUGCAAGUCUUGCACAGCGGGUCGCCAGUGAAAUGAAGUCUACUGUUGCAGAUAUAGUGGGCUAUCAAUGUGGAAUUCAGAAGAAAGUUUCUGACCAGACAAAAGUAGUGUACAUGACUGACCAUACACUGUUAAAUGAAUGCAUCAAAGAUCCUUUGUUAAAUGAUUACUCCUGCAUUAUUAUUGAUGAGGCACAUGAGCGAAGCAUAUACACGGACCUUUUGCUUGGCAUGAUAAAGAAGUGUUUACCUCGGAGAUAUGACAUGCGUGUCAUUGUGACGUCUGCAACAAUUGAUCCAGAACUUUUUGUUCGAUAUUUUAAAGACUGUCCAGUGAUUAAAGUACCUGGCAGAAUGUAUCCCGUCGAUAUAGAAUGGGAGACAUGUUCUGAAGAUGAAGACUUGGAAGAAUAUGAAAGAAAAGCAGUUGAAAAGACGUUAGAAAUCCAUGAUAAAGAACCCCCUGGUGAUAUUCUACUUUUUCUCACAGGUCAGUUGGAAAUUGAAAAGUGUAUAGAAAGACUGCAGUGGGAACUUGAGGGUAGAACUGAUCACUGGAUAUUGCCACUUCAUGGUAAACUUCAAACAGAGGAACAAAACAAAAUUUUCAAAGAAACGCCACUGGGUAAAAGAAAAAUUGUAAUUAGCACUAAUGUGGCAGAAACUUCUGUAACAAUUCCUGGAGUGAAAUAUGUGAUUGACACUGGGCUUGCAAAAGAAAUGAAAUAUGACCCCGACAAAAAAGUGAACUCUUUAAGAGUUAUUAAAAUAACAAAAAGUUCCGCAGAUCAAAGGAAAGGAAGAGCGGGGAGAACGGCCCCAGGGAAAUGCUACCGAUUUUAUUCCGAAGAAGUUUAUGACAACAUGGCAGCCUGUUCUAUUCCAGAAAUUUUGAGAAUUCAUAUCGGUCAUGCCAUUCUGAAAUUGAUGCAACUGAAUGUGAACCCUCUUGAUUUCGAUUUUGUCGAGGCACCACCAAAUAAUUCAAUGGAAACAGCCUUUCAGCAAUUGGUCGAUCUUGCAGCAGUUAAAAAUGGGAAAAUUACAGAUCUAGGGCGCUGGAUUGCUCAACUACCCUUGGACCCAAAUUUGGGAGUUUUUGUUCAUGAUGCAAUUGAGAUGAAGGUUGGUUUAGAUGCUAUCAUAAUUGCGGCAUCAUGCACAGUGAGUGGGAACUUGUUUUACAGAGCUGGAACUAAAGAACAGAAAGAUAGAUGUGACAAAUUAAAAAUUCCUUUCUGUCAUAGCAAAGGUGACCAUUUCACAUUUUUAAGUGUCUUUAAGACAUGGCAUUACAUUCCCGAGAAGGAGAAAGGUCAAUGGUGCUUGGAUAACUCCAUCAAUGGAAGGGCCAUGAGAAGUAUUCGAGACACUGUAAACGAGAUCAGAUUCAUCUUGAAAAAUCAAAUGAAUAUAACAAUAAAGUUUGAAUUAAAAGAUGUAGGCAGGAAUGAGAGGAAUUUACAAAAGCUUAUCUUCAAGGCUUUUCGUAGCAACCUUUCUUACUUCCUUGGGCAUGAAAAGGCUGGGUAUUAUUCCAUUGACAAAGACCAGCAAAUGACUGUUCAUCCGUCUGCAUCUUUCCAGUCUCUUGCAUUAUAUCCAAAAUGGGUUAUAAUUGAAAAAGUUUUGAACACAUCUCGAGAGUUUGCCGUUAAUGUAACAGAAGUAAAUGAAGACGACGUACAUGAAGCCUUAAAAAGAAAUGAAAUAAAGUUUGACAUAACAGGAAUUGAAAGGAAAAGAAUUGAACCAAUUUAUACAGAAUACAUUGGAUCACAUACUCUGUACAAAUUUGUGGGUAAAGGGUGGAAACAUGCAAAGGAUCUCGAAACUAAGCUAAAAAAUGAAAAUACAGAUUCAGUCUUUGUAAUUGAUGCAGACAGAAAUAAGGGCGAACUUACUAUUUAUGCACCUGCAGAUAAGGAUGAAGUGGCAACAGAAACGCUGAAAAUGGAACUUGAUCAGAUUAGAGAAAAUGUAAGAAAGGAGAAGAUUAUCAUUCCUAUCUAUCCUAGGUGUUAUAAUGUCAAACUAUCCAUUGGACCAGGUGGAUUAAUACAAGAUUUGUUGUGUGAAGAUGAUUAUAACAAUGUUUAUGUAUACUGCUCAGCAGAUGAAUUUGAAUCUGACGGAGAAUUAGUGGAAUGGAUGAAACAGUUUGGCGAAAUUCGAAAGUUUCAAAAGAAAUCUCCAGCAAAUACUACUCAAAGAUACCGUGGUGAAGUAGUGUUUGAGAAUAGCGAAUCUGCGAAGAAAGCAGUUACGUAUACUGUAUCAGGUCACAGUGCUUCUAAAGUUCACAUUAAACCCCCAGGUUGGAAAACAGAGGAUUCUGAUGCUUUUAAAGCCAAAAUAAUGUGGUGUCGCAGACAAUCUCGAGGAUUUGGGUUCGUGCAAAUUAUGCAUUCGGAAACACUGGAAACCGUUUUGACUUUAAGUACGAUGAUACAAGUCUCAGUUGGUAGAUCAAAUGUUAAAAUUAGUCGAAGUAGAGAGAACGCUGACCAAUUGUACGUUCAAGGUUUCGAUCAUCUUGUCAAUGAAGGCAUUUUGAGAGAAGGAAUUGUGGAGGCCUUCAAGAUACCCGAAAAUCAAAUUGGAAAAAUCUUUGUACCACGCGAGAGGGUAAUUACAACAAGGGAAAUAAUGGACACACAUAAGAGAAGAAUUGAACGGCAUAUUUCACAAAUCGUGAAUCCAAACAGAUUCAAUGUACAUAUAAGAGAACCCAGACCGCAAGACUAUAACUUCAGCGGUUUUAUAACCUUUACUGACGCAGAACAAGGUGAUGAGGUCUGCGCUAAAUUGCAAAGCGAAAACCAGUUGUUCAUCACUGGCAAUGUCGUUACUGUUAUUCCAGAAAUUCGCACUCGUUUAUAUGUACUGGAACGGGUAUUCAAACGGGUUAGUAAAGAUAUCAAAGAUUUUUGUGUUAAAGCUAAGAAAGAUCAAGUAACUGUUGAUAUAAAGCAGAACACAACGGGUAACUAUAUUCUGAAUAUAGAAGCUGAAAGCGUAGACAAUAUGAUAAGGACAAGAUAAAAUCUUCUUCAAGGUCAAAUCUUAAAAAUGGAAGAUAAUCCAAGUAUAAGAUAUAUGUUCACAAGGGACGGACGGAGCAAAGCUGAGAAAAUAAUGGAGAAAACCCACACUCUUGUAAUUUUGAACGACAGAAAUACGACUAUUUCCGUUCAUGGCAAAGAGAAUGAUCGGGCUUCAGCAAUUUCAAAAAUCCAAAAAUAUAUUAAAAAACUGGCCUCCUCAAAGAUUAGGUGGAUUGAUUUGAAGGGCGAAACCAAGCCUCCUGGAUUGAUGAAACGAAUUAUACAGAUGCAUGGUGUAGACCUUCAAGGAUUGAAAGUGGAAUCACAUUUGUCCAGCGUAGAACUUGACCAUAGAAGACAUAAGAUUAAAAUGUUAGGCUCCGAUGGAGCAAUACAGUUGGCAAUUAAUGACAUUGACGCACUUACGAAAGUGUUGAUGGAAGACAAUCAACACCAAAUACCAUCCACCGAUCCAGAAUGUGGAAUUUGUUUCUGCUCCAUAUCCGAAUGUGAUCUCUACCGACUAGAAUCUUGUGGUCACGCAUACUGCAGGGAUUGUGUGAGGUUGCAUUUGGAUUCUGCUAUAAGCACAAAAGAGUUUCCCCUACGUUGCUGUUAUGAAGGUUGUGAUAUGCUCUGGGCUUGGAGUGAUUUUAAUAACAUGAAGGAAUUCGGAUUCUGUACGACUCAAACGUUGAUAGAUGUUUCGGUUUCCUGCUACGCCGCCCAGAAUACAGAUAAAGCUAGGUACUGCAUCACACCUGAUUGUCAGAUGGUGUACAAGGUCAGUCAGGGAGGAGGCAGGUUUGUGUGCUUCCUCUGCCACACAGCACUGUGUAGCAAGUGCCACGUCGAAUACCACACGGGCAAAUCCUGUGCAGUGUUUCAGAAAGAAAAGCAGCUAGACGAGACUGGGCUUGGUGAAUGGAUGCGUCGUGAUACUUUGAAUAGAGAUCUUUGUCCAAAAUGCUAUACAGGUAUAGAAAAAUAUGAUGGCUGUAAUCAUAUGACAUGUUCUCAGUGUAAAUGUCAUAUUUGUUGGUUUUGCAAAGCUUAUUUCAAAACAAGUACCGAUUGUUAUAGCCAUAUGGCCCAAACUCAUUACACAUACGGUUAGAAAAAUGUUUUUGUUGAAGAUCCUGGGGAAAACAGUGUUACUAGCUUUUUGAUAGUAUAUAUUCAAACAAUUUAUUAGUUGGCUUUUAUCUAUAACAAUUAUAAUAGGAAAUCUUGAUUUUAUCUGUGCGCUUUAA